AUGUGCACAAAUGGAAAGAAUGAAGGAAAAAGGAUCCUGGAUACACUGCUCUACCAGCCAGUGUGUUUAUUGGAAACCCUGAUGGCUAACCAUUCCGUUGUCUCCUGGUGCCAUAUCAUCAGGGAUACCUUCAAGUUGCUCACAGAUGUGAUCACAAAGCGCCCUGAAGCUAUACAAAACUACUGUGAAGAUAUUGUGAAGGUGUGCCUUCUCCCCUUCGACUCGGAAGGUCAGAAGAAUGCCCUGAAGUGUUUGGAGAGAGUGGCGAGGGUGCAUCCAUACGACAGGCGGAUGGCUGCCCGUCAUGUCAGCCAGUUGGAGAACUCCGACGUGGUCAGAACUCAACUGGCUCUUAUUGUUGGCACCAUAUGUGAGUUUCACCCUGAAACGGUGGAGGACGAUGUGAACAGGAUAUGGCGUAUCUAUUUAAAGAUGCUGGAGUCUAAGAAGAACUCGGAUACACUAGUGUCGGUGAUACUGCAAGGAUUAUCCGGCCUGUUUCACAGUUUUGGUACACAGCUGCCAACGUCAGAACUGAACAUGUUCUACAGUACCCUCAUAAAGUUUAUCGACUCAAAGAAGUGUGAUGAAGUUAUAAUUACAAUACUAGAGAAGCAUUCGAAUUUAUUUAAAGAGAGACUUUCUGCUGAUGCAAGGAUCCGCAGCUGGCUGUGGGGAACGAUACGGAAGAACAUGUUGAAUGUUUUACGCAGUGUAUACGAUACAUGUGCUAAUGUAUUGGACAAGGAUAGUGCCCAGAAUUUACUAAAUUCUGAAGUACUGACGAGAGCAGUGGCUACCGACAUAAACAUCAAAUUCGUGGCGCUGAGAAUAUUAGUGUAUAUGGAACAGAAGGGCUUCAGUUUCGGAGAUCUUGCGCGAUUCACAGAUGUACACGCAUUAGAGUUUUCACUGCGUUGUGGGACGAUAUCGUAUGACACCGCUGAGGAGAUAUCUUGGUGCAUAGAAUCAAAUCUACCAAACAGUGAUAAGUUACUACAGACAACCAUAUUAUUCUACUACAAUCUACCAUUUUCUAGAAGAAUAAAUAUUAUAACUCAUGGGAUAUUGAACUCGCCCGAUGAUAUACGAACGGAAGCUAUAAUAUUCCUCACGACGGAGACAAUACAGCCAUCCGACAGUGGGGAUGGUAUACAGAAGUAUAUAGAGAUAUGGCGCAACCUGGUAGCGGGUUCAAAUCCGGCGUCGAGGAAGGUUCUCGAAGAUUACGUCGCUCACGUCAUUUUAGUAUUGGAGACGUUCUUCGAAGAAGAGAGCGAGGAAAUACCGGAUCGGUUGUCCUCCCUGCUCAAAUUGACCUCGGAGUUGGUCCCACUGGGUCCCCCUGAUGCCGCAGACCUGUGGGCGGCGUUGGUGCCACUGGUGGCGAAGUGUAAGGUUGCAGCCGCCCUGGCAACCAUCGCGGCGGUAGCGGAGUAUCUUCCCGACCAUAACAUCCCAGAUGAUUUAUGCAAGGGCAUCGAAAUUACAAGGUGUAAGGAUGAGGCGACCUUAUGCGCGUCGUGUCUACUGCUCCUCAGGGUCCAGGCUGAUGCUGCACAGGUUCUCUUGGCGUUACAGGUCAUCUUCUCCAGGACCGACGUGGAAUGGAAGACGUUCCAGCUGAGUCUCAAGAAAUUUGAAGACCUCAUCGUCUAUGAGGGAGAACGGCUCGAUGAGGAACGAGUGUAUAAGGUGAUCCGUUUAGUUGAUAAGCUGCGUGGACGCAUCGAUCUUUCGGCUAAAGAUGGCCGCGUGUUGCACAGGCAGAUCGUCAUGUUCUUAGGUAAAUAUGGCCGUAAAACAAACUUCAACAACAAUUCAAGAUCUUCCAGCUCCGUUAUGGCAAAAUUAAAGGAUGCCCUGUGCCUCAAGAUACCUUAUACGGACGAAUUAACUAUGAAGAUCAACCUGCAGUCAGUUCUGGAGAUCGCAAUUGAAGACGGACAGUCGGAAGUGCUGCAUCAACUGCUGACUAUGUUAUGUGCUGAUCCUAAGAUAGUUCUGAAUUCUGAGACGGGGUCGGCCAUUCGAGACGCUGUGGCGUUGUUGUGCGUGGCGUCCUGUCGGCGGCACGCGGGCGGAGAUCCUGCUAAUGUGGCCGCCCUACACGGCGCUUUGCUGUGCUCCGCCCCGCGGUCGCUACCAGCACUGUUACAGUUCAUCAGCGAAGAAACGUCUCCAGGCGCCAGGAAGAUGCUGUCGGAACUACUGGGUGUGCUGCUACAGUCAGGGUCUGAUGAAGUUCUGCAGACUGCUGCUGAGAGAACGCUCGUGAUGCUUGCUGCCACUGAUUCAACCAUAAGGCGAGCCGGUUUGGAUAUAACAGAGAUUCUAUUGACCGCACUAACCCAAAACGACGUUCUAACCCGGUCGUUACUACCACGGAUUCUCGAAUUGAUAUCGUGUACGAACGAAAUAGAAACGACUUCGACAUUCGAUCUCGCUUCGAGAACGUUCAUCGAUAAAAUAGCACUAUUCGAUAGUAACUCACUGGAGAAAUUAAUAAAGAAUAUUAUGUCUAAUUUGGUUGUAUAUAGAAAAUUGUGCACGGAAAAUGAUAUAAUAAUUUAUAGCGAUUUAACAAAGAAAUCUAUGGGUUUUAUCAAAGAAGCGAUGGAAGGUGAAAAGCAAGAGUGUUCGACAUUAUUCGAUUCGUUCUUUGAUGUCUACAGAAGUGAGAAUUUGGAUUUCUACCAAUGCGUUUACGUUUUGGCGAUAAUGAAGAAUGCGAUCGGAUUGAAUUCGAGUUAUUAUAGUAAUAUGUUUGCGAGUAAUAGCGAAUUAUUAUCGAAAUUGUACACGAUUGAAGUUUACGCUGAGGACGCAAUUUUCGUUGAACCGGAUCUGUUCAAGUUGGACGCGAUUUUGUCUUUUUUCUGUGAAUACGCUGAGAGUUUAUUGGAGCUUCAUUAUAAGAAAACAGUUGAUUUUCUAUCGAGAAUUGUCAAGAAUAUAACACCCCAACAUGUAGUUCAUUCACAUCACAUACUCAAGAAUUGUAUAGAAAUGUACAAGAAUAUUUUGAAUUCUAUACCAAGUGGAAUAGAGUCUAGUUUCGAAGAGUGGUGCCAAAUGUUACCCUUAGAAAAAAUAACAUUAUGCAUAACCAGAAAUAACCCGUUAAAAAACUACAUAACAACAAUAAAAGCUCUGGCAAUAUUAUUAAAUGUAUUCGAUUCGAAACCAUUUCUGAAGGAAAUACAGAAUUGGCACUUGAUAAUAAUGAGGAAUUAUUCAAAAAUAAAAAUGGCCGAUAUGCCAUUUUUGACAGAUUGCCUGACAGUUGCUGUCAAAUAUUUGACAGAUAGCGAUGUUAAGCGGGUGAUUUUAGAAGGCGUGGAUUUGAAAGGCGUGUCCAACGAACGGAUAGGUGUUAAGUUUUGUACGCGUUUCAUAAGAGUUUUUAUGCCUUUUUUGAAUAGAAUACUCCUGGAGAGUGGAUUAGAGGAAUGCUGUUCUAUAUUGGAUGAUGUUGUGAGGUUUUAUGUUAGGAAGAGGUCGCUAGAUGCUAGUGAAGUUGUGGUAUUGGUUGAUAAGUUAUGGCCAGUAUACGAACCCAGAACAAAUUUCCAUCAGAAAUGUAGUUUACUGUACAAUAUGUCGUGUUUGCCGCACAAGUUGGGUCCGGACUCGAACCCGCUACGGUGGGUGGCGGAGCAGCUCACUUCAGACAUCAGUCGCGAGAUGAAGACAAGUCUAGUGGUAGUGCUGCCAUCUGGUGAUGGCUUCAGCACGUUGUACGCCCAGUUUGCAUCCAGCUGUUUGCCAGCGACCUUGUGCGAGGUGCACGGUGGAGCUCGAGCCGCCCUGCGCGGAGCCCUACACUCCCUGGCUGCUAAUGGCAACCAGAAACUAUUCGACAUUGUACUCACGCUCGCUGACGGUGACGACACGGCGGGAUGGUGGGAUGAAGCGAUGGACUCCUGUGCAGCAUCCCUCGCUCGCACAGAGCGCUUGGAGCUGUACGAGAUGGCCUACAGACGUUGCUGGAAUGGACUUACACUGGGGGUCUGCGAGCGGAUCAUGGUUCCUCUGCUUAGGUACGCAACGCCAGUGUUUUGCGAAAGAUUCUUCUCAACAGUCAUCGUAGGGCUGCUGAAGAAGCUGCUCCUCAAGCCACGCAUGACAUCAGGCGUCGCCUCCAAUUUGUCACUGUACCACAAAUGUGUGGUGGACCGUAUACGCACUCUCACACUGUUGCAAGUCGCUUUUGAAAAGAUCCCCCUGCCGUCUCUACAAUCCCCCCAGUUUGAGCUCUAUAGCGAGGUAGAAGCUAAGAGUAAGAAGCUAAUCAGGGAGGUUUGCAAGAUGUGUGUCACGCUACGUGAUGAGGACUGUCCUGCUGCUGCAGAGGAUAACCUCAGAGGAGACUUCAAACGAUUCCAAUACGCCAUCUACAAUUGCUUGUGCGCGGCCAUCUGCAAACGGCAGCCGGGCGAGAAGUUGUACGAGCAUAUACUGAGCAGGGACGCGUGGUCUCGAAUUGUAGAUGAUAAUGUGACAUACAACCUCACAAUAGUAACUAAGCCGCGUAAGACUCGCCACUCGGUGUCAAUAGAAGUACCCCAGGGUGGAGACUACUUGAGCACAAGCAGCGUUAGGACGAGGAUGUUCCUGCGAACAUUAUCCGAGGAUCCCCUCAACUACGACCUGAUCUCGCAUGAGGAGCAUACCCAGGUGGUGACACAAGAUCUGGAGUUGAUUGAUAACGAGCUCAGCGAUCAUCCGUGUUCGGCCACGCUGACUGCACUGGUCUCCCACGUGUGCUCCCAGGGUUACACCAAUUGGCUGCGGGAGAUGGUGCGCGCAUUACGAGAACUGCACGUUAAUAUGAAGUGGCUAUUAGCACAGGUCAUUAUUAAUUGUAAAGAUGACCUUACGCAACACGCUAGCGUGCUGCGCCCGGCGUUGCUCGAGCUUAUAGCAGACACGCCGCACGAGAAACAAGGCAAAAGACUGCUCAAUGGACUACACGUAGAUAUACUCCACACCCUAAUACAAUGGUGUCAGAAUACCGAUAGUUCUGAAACGGAAAUACCGGAAUCGUCGAUUGCUCAUCUCAACACAACCAUAGAGUAUCUGAUCAAUACCACCAUAGACAAAGAAGAGAGGUUGCUCUUGGAUCUGAUAGACAAACUGUUGGAGAUCUAUGGUAGUGACGUCACGGUGCCGUGGAGAUGCUUUGGGGAGUAUAUUACGGGUUCUCCCAACCACCAAAAUAAGGUAUCACUAUCGAUUCUCAAAAGAAUAACUACACACAAAAUACAUAUACCCGAGUUGGUGCCAACGUUGGUUAAGUACGACAAAUAUUGGAUCCAAGAGCACAAGAUGGCGGAGCUGUUCGGUUUGGCGGUCACGCUUGAGAGCGACAAGGCGGAAGCUAUGCGGCAGUUCAAAAAGAUAUUGGAGAGAUCGAGACAGAAUAUAGACGCAUAUGUGAAGAUACUGUAUUAUGCUCAACAGGGUUAUCCGGGAAUAUGUGAUGAAAGACAAUUCAGAACCAUCGUAGACCAAGCCCCAAAAGUUCCAAAGCUAUUAAAAACAAGAUGUCUACAGAUAAUAUACAAUUAUAUAUCUCGGAAAUCGUCACCAGACGAGCAUAUUACCUCCAUGUUUGAUACCAUAGAGCUACACGAGCUGUUGACCACAGACAAUAUAGAGGCUAUGGGAGUGGCGAAGAAUGGCCUCCAUUUGAUGGAUGAUGGGAUGAAGAGACGGGUGGUGAUGAUAAUUGCAGAAUAUUGUCAUCACCCGGAUGUGAAGGUGAAGCAGGCCGCGUAUGAGGUGAUGGUGAAAGCUUUUGAAGAUCUACUAAACAGAAAUGAAGGGCCACCACCAGCAAAGAAGUCCAAGAAGAGACAAAGUGCUAUAUUGAAUCUUGGACUCAGCGAUCCGUACACCCGCACCGUGCUGUCACGUGUCUCGAGUACGGACAGCGUCGCACGCGAGGUCGUUAGCCGACUGUGCGGCGACGAUAUGCGUGUUAGACUGGCCGAGAGUAUUCUACUAUGUUUGUACAUGCCCCUCGCGGAGCAUCAUCAGUUGUCUCCGAAGAUCCCACUCCUGGAGAUGCUGUUCAGAGAAUUGAGAAGCAGUCGCCGGUUCCUAGCAGCCAAGUUGAGAGAUGCACCUCUGGAAUUAAAAUCUGAUCGGGGUGAUGAUGACAUGAUCAGAACUGCAUCAUCUAAGGUGAUGAUGAAGAGUGCUACGUACCAAGGCACCUUCCGGUCCUACCGCACCUCCGGAUAUACCAGGCGAACUAAAAAAAAUAAAGCUCCUAUCGACUCGGGCAUAGACGUACAAAUUACCAUAGACAGCAUAUUGACUACGCUACUGAAAUUUGCAGAGACAAAUACAAUGGUGCAACAAAUAUUAACUGUUGAAAUAUUCAAAGCGCUGGGUCAUAGAGACAGCUUGUACGAAGACGUGGCUGAACAACUCGCCGUUAUGUUGGCACUACCGCCGUGUGACGUCACGCCUAUGUUGAUCCAACUUGCUCGAGUGACCAUAGACAACUGCAAAAGUGAUAGUUUUCAGGACACAGUGCGUAAGUUAAAAGAAAUAACUUCUGGCACAGAAGGAGAGCAAAUAACGAAGUGUUUAUAUGAAGAAGUGAGACUGAGAUGUUUGGGACCAGAACAGUUUGUACUUGGAUCAAUCAGUGAUGAGAAUGACAUCAACAUGGGAUGCGGAACAGAUGAAUAUUCACUUACAGAUUUAACAUCAUGUUUCGGUCGACUCUCCAACUGGGAUGACUUAACGAUACAACAGAAGUGUCAUGUACAAAACUCGGGUCUACCCUCAUUGUGGACUGAUUUAUCUACAUUCAAAAACCAACUACAUUUGUAUGAAGUAACUAACACAGAAAAAUGGUUCGAUAAAAUGGUAACAUUGUAUAAGGGGCGAGAGCGAGACAGCGAGAGGUGGCUGAGGGAGUUAGACAGAUGGCCGGUGAAGCACUUUGAUGUUUCCGCUGUAACUGAAGCGAUAUCGUGGAACAGUGAGAACUCACUGCCAACUGACAUACAACGCAGCGACUGCAUUGCUGAGUGGGCUGCCAGGCUUCAGAUCAGACAGGCAUAUAGUAUAUCUCGCCAUGACUCUGAAUCAUCUGGAGAAUCGCCAAACACAGUUUUGUUCCGCUCGCACGAUUUGCUUUGGUGUGUAAGAGCGAACGAGAUGGCGCUACCUGAACUGGCGUUACAAUGCAUCCAACUAAAUGAGCAGUCGUUAGACGAAGAUGACAAACCAGCGUGGGAGUAUCAGAAAUCACUAGCCUUGAGAGCAAUGGGGUUGAAGCGAAACGAUAGUUGCCAAUUAAGAGAUGCACUGCAGAUUGCCGAAAACAAUCUUCCUAAACUAUUGAAUGGUGCUCCCAAUAUGGUUGGAUUCUAUCAACUCAUACUGGCCUUACAUCACGAUUUAAAUUCAUUAACAUAUGAUAAAGUACAAAAUGCAAUCAAUAAUAUUGAUGAAGAAUAUGUAGGAACGUCUGUGACAAACAAACGUACACUGCGAUCUCUGCACGAGAUGGCAAUGACUUAUUACAGUGAUCUAUGGAUGAAAGAAGGCAGUCCAAACCAGGAUGAGUUAUUAAUGAAGAUGGCAGAUGUGCUAAAUCGGGUAACCAGUUCAAAUCCAGCGUCGGGAGAUAUAUUCCUUGCUAUUAUACUCAAUAGAUUGGAUAACUACGAUGGGACGACAUUAAAUGAGAACGUCGCUAGAGUUUUACUGGAUCCGUUACAGCGUCUCUUGCCGUAUCUGGACCAGUUCUCCAGAGAACAUGUCAAAGCGUGUUCGCACCUGUUCCCCACGCGCAUACUCGGCGACUACGAGAUGCAGGAUCUCUUUGACGACAGCAUGGACAAAUAUAAGAAGUACUUCACACUCAUAAGAGAUCCCACUUAUUCGUUGCAGCAGUAUUGUAGGCAAUUAUUGGACUCGUUGAUAAAAAAUGACACAACUAAAUACGAGAACACGUUCUGUCGCAUUAGAGAAAUCCUUGAUAACCCAUACGCUGGUUCCACCUACCAGCUUCUGAGGAAACAGCGGGAGCUUCUCUACUCAGUUGUAGAUCAUUCACGAGGAAAAGAGGAGAUCCGAAAGAUCCUAAAGCAACUGAUAGGAGAAUUGAAGGGAGAUCCGGCAACUCUUCGCCUCUCGCAGCUCUGUCCCUCUCUGACGCAAGUUGCGCGCGGGAGUGAGUGGGACGCAUGUAUGUCUAGAUUGCUCUCACUCGGCCCCCUAAAAGUCGUCAAAUUCGACGAACAAGUAUCAAUAUUCCUGAGCAGCAUCCGUCGUCCGGCGCUAUUAGAUGUGCUGGUGUCGGAUGGCUCUCGUCGUCGCCUUCUGCUCAAGGCUGGAGAACCGCUGAUGCUGGAUGCUGCAGCGUGCCGUGUUUCUAGACUCCUGCCUGACGUACGGACGUACACUGUAACUCCGAUGAGCGAGGACAGUGGACUGAUAGAAUUUCUAGAAGAUCACAAGACAAUAUAUAGCUUGGUUUCAGCGAAAAUUGAUUUAGAGGGUGUGAAGAUGUCGCUACCUCGGGCGCCUGAUGAUGAACUCAUCAGGGACUCAUCAGUAAACCAGUUCCAUCAGUUCGCAGGCAAAGUGCCCGCGUACACGCUCAGAUCAGCUCUGGAAGACCACAGUUCCUCGCUGCAGGACUUCAUAGCCAAGAAAUUGAAGUUCCAAGACACACUCGCAUCUGCCACUGUUCACACUUGGCUGUUGGGUCUAGGAGAUAGACAUCUGCAGAAUGUCCUGUGCAGCACGAGAGAUGGCGCGGUGUGCUGCGUGGACUGGGGCGCCGCCCUGCAGUACGGCGGCAGUGAGCUCCCGCCCGCCAGGCUCACCAGGAACCUGAUAGCCAUCUGCGACCCUCAGAUUUUGGAGAGUCGUAUACAGAAUUUGAUGUCCACACUGCGCGACAGCCACAAGCUGUUCUCAAUAUUCAUCAAGAUGUCAUACAAAUGGAUGGGUCGCGAGUUUGAUGACAAGUUCGUGUAUAUAGAAGAUAUCUUGUCUGGUGAUGCCCUCUCGUGUCAUAUCACAAAGACAGUAAUAGGGAAGUCGGAGAGACUGCACAAGGAGAAAUAUCUAAAAUUACUCGACGAUGUUCUCCAGGGUUAUGAGAAGAAGGACCGGUACAGCAUCGUGGAGCAGGCAUCGUGUCUGCUCCGCCACUGCACCGAUCCUCGUAUCCUGAGCGUGACUCGGACCAACUGGGAACCGUGGGUUUGAAGGACGCGGUCAGAAGACAAGAGAUGAUAAGUGAUAGUGUUUUUUUUAAUUAUAAUUUAUACCUUUAUAAGUAAUUACAGUAAUUAGGUAACAAUAGAAGGUGAUAUAA